AUGUGUGGAAACAAGAGUCACCAUAUGGUGCAGCAUUGGAACUUAUCCUUUCUCAUUCAAUGUCAGUCAAACUGUGAUCACAACUACAAGAUAUCCUUUUUCCAACUGACGACAGUUGAGGAAUGUGAUCAAUUACCAGUUACAUUAAUUGGGUGGCGUUUUGCUAACUAUGAUGACAUUACUAAUGGGAAAUUGGGAAUCAAGUAUUUGGUUGAUGUUAUUGGCCAAAUUGUGAACGUUACUAAUAUUCAAACCUUUGCAAACAUUGUCAAGAAACUUACAGUUUUACUCAGGAAUUCAGAAAAUAAACGACUCUCAUGCACACUCUUUGGAAGUUAUGAUGAGACACUGAACGACUAUGUGAAGAACCAGAACAACACUAAUGUCAUAUUUGUUGCGCAAUUUUGUCGGACCAGUCACUGGAAAGAAGUGUGGAGUGUCUCUAAUGCAUUCAAUUGCUCUAAGGUUUUUCUCAACUCCCCACAUGGAGAAGUUGUGGAGUUUAGAGCUAGCUUUGUUCUAUCUACAUAUUGCCUUCUAUUAAUGGUUUUAAGUUUCUUAUUCCAGGGAGGAGAUAGUGUCAAUCAUGAACCUUUGCUGAUUUCACACUGA